GUGUUUGACUUGACAGAUGGCGGGCGAGAGACGCUCCUCUCGGCUGUCUCUCUCGGUCCGUUGGUCCAUCCCGGUUCCCAUUGUCUCCCCUCCUCAUCCCUUGAAGACAACCCCGAGACGGCAAACUAAACUUGGCUGUUUAUUCCACUGAUAUCGCCCCUUGUAUGUCCCGUUGGUUGACUUACUUGGACCUGAUAUUUGACGUGGUACCCUCUCUGUGUGAAACGUGGACAUGUUUUUCAGUCCGAUUCAUUUUUUAAGGUUGUAGAGAUUUAUUUUCGGUACCGGAGGAGGAGGUUAUGUUGUGGAGCUGAUCGGAGCGGACUUCCAACCACUGUUGACACGUCUCAACAUCAGCAACAAUUUUACUCAAGUGGAUGAAACACAAACAAAUCAAGAAAGGCACAGACACUGGAUUUACACCGCGGGUUUGGAGGUGAAAACGCUGUGUUUUGUUUUUCUGCUGCGAUUGAACCUCUGAAGGAUGUUGCCGCUACAUGCCCGCUACUUCCCCUGAGAGGAGAGAGAGGAGAGAGGAGCUGGUGUAUGAAAGGAGGAGGCAGGGACCACUUGCACUUGUUUUCUCCACCCAGAAACAAAUUAGGCGGGUUCAAUCACCCCAAUUCCACAUGCUUGGAUUAUUCAACAAAAAGGCAGUUAAUCUGGGGGAAUCUAUCCUUUUAAUCCCAUCAGCUCUUUCUCUACUGUUUCAGUUUUUCAGUGUUUUGUAAGUGGCUACUGAACCGUGCUAAAAAGGAUGCAACCAAUUGAUGUGAUUCUCUUCCGGACUUUCUAGUCCAGUAGGAGAUUAUCUGGACAAAUCUGCAGAGAGCCACAUGAUGAGAAAUCUGAAUUACUCCUGUUGCCUGUCAAUCAAAAUGCACCUCACCUCCUGAUUUACCAAACUACUUAGAAAUACAUGCUGUGAAAAGGUUUUUCUACUGAACCAAGCUUUCUGGAUACAUCAAGACUGUGGACUUAAAUCUCCCCCAAGCACCAGCUUCCAUCUUCGACCCCUGACCUCGUGUUCGUUUGAUCCCUGACCCCGUUUGUUGGAAAUCCAUGGGACCAAAUUUCCGGCUGUUUACCUCUGAGCGACUUCUGUUUUUGAACCAAGUAGAAGCCUUUUAUUCUCCUGAGCUCCACUGAGUACAGGGGCUGCUCUCUGUUCUCUGAGGCCGAGCAGCAAGCUGCUCCACCUGGGCUUCCGUCCAGCCAGACGGGCCCUCUGGGGGCUACUUGGAUUUCCAAGGUCCAGCUGGAGAUUUGGGGAGUUUUAACCAAGAGUUUAAGUUCUUCACCACGUGGAUCACUGGAGAGAGGGUGGAGGACACCAUGGGGUGCUGUAGUGGCAGGUGCACCUUGGCCUUCAUAUGUGGCAUGCAGCUGGUCAGUGUGUUGGAGCGUCAGGUGAUAGAUUUCCUGGGCUACCAGUGGGCUCCCAUCCUCACAAACUUCGUCCACAUCAUCGUCGUCAUCCUCGGCCUGUUUGGUACCAUUCAGUUCAGGCCCCGAUAUGUUACAGGGUACGCAGCCUGGCUGGUGGUGUGGAUGACCUGGAAUGUUUUCAUCAUCUGUUUCUAUCUGGAGGUUGGAGAUCUGUCCAGGGACUCUGACCUUGUCCUGACAUUCAACCUGUCCAUGCAUCGCUCCUGGUGGAUGGAGAACGGCCCAGGGUGCAGGGUGACACCUAUCACCCCUCCCCCAUCCUGGGCACCCGAGGACCACCGAUAUAUAUCUAUAUCUGGCUGUCUGAUGGAUUUCCAGUUCAUAGAGGUGGCUCACUCCUCGCUGCAGAUACUCCUGGCUUUGAUGGGGUUCAUCUAUGCCUGCUAUGUGGUCAAGCUUAUUUCGGAAGAAGAAGACAGUUUUGAUUUUAUAGGAGGGUUUGACUCAUACGGUUACCAGGGGCCUCAGAAGACAUCCCACCUUCAACUACAGCCCAUGUACAUGCCAAAAUAAACCCAGGAGCUACACCAAGAGCGCUGCCUUACCCAUCACCACUGCUUAACAUCCCACUUUUACUACUCCAGCCAACGAGACACGAACAAGUAGCCAGGACACAGGAGACAUUUCAACUAACAAAUCCCCCACAGUACUUUGUCUGAUUGCUUCCCUGGUCUGCCUGUCUGCUGAUGUAAAUGGAGUCAGGUCUGUUCGUGAAGAAACACUGGCCUCAUGUGGUUGAACACAGCAACUACAGGACAUUACCAACUCAGCUGACAGUUGCAUUUAUUUUUUGUCUCUGAGGGACACAAUCAGGAGCCAGUGGCUUCUUUGCUAUUGUGCUGUUGCAUAUCUGCAUGGUGAAAAAAACCAAAGGGAUGUAAGGAGGCCAUGAUUCAUGACAUGUUUUUUUUUCAGGCUUUGAGGGAGACCCUGUGUGAAAGAGAAUUCAGUAUAGAGCCCUGUUUUUCCAGCUACUGCAGACUUCAGUUGCCAUCUCAAGUGUUGUGGCAUCUAACAUCUACAGAAUGCAGAUAUGCCCAACCAAAGACUUUUAAAAAGACCCCAGAGACUCAUCCUUGUGUUCACAAUAGAGCAUCUGCUCUUUGUGCCUGAAGAACAGACAACAGACUUCCAACUAUACUGACCAAGCAUCCACUAACAAGACUACCGAUUAAGGAAUGUCAACAUCUUUUUUCUAAGAUUUCUUUUUUGGUGCAUUCGGGAUCUCCGAAGCUCUGUGGAAGUUGUGAGCCGGACUGAGGCUACACAUUUUUUUCUGUUUUUUCAUCCAAAAUGUUGAAUGUGAAACAACAGUACUGUGUGUAGAUUUACAUCCUUUCAUGUCAUAUGUGCAUGUGUAGGUAACAGACACAUUCACAUACACAGGCAUUCAAGUAAUGCAUAUGUGUGCACACAUGCAUGCACACACAACCACUAACAGAUAUAAUUUUUUACUACUAAUGUGAAUCUUAAUGUUUACAUGGAAAUUCAGUCUAACAGACAGAGAGACUGAAUGAAGACAGAGAGGCAGACGUAUUGGCUGCAGCAUCCCUAAAGCCAUGGGCUGUUUUCUGCCGAAUCACUAGAGUGAUCAGCUGUUUCAGAUGUGUCUCGAAAUAUUUUGUCUUCCAUUCAAGACAGUGCAGAAGAGGUAGAUAGAGAUAUGCCAUGACAGAGAAGACAACAACAGAAGAGGGAUGGAAGUCAGUGAACAGUUUCUUUUCCUCUUCUGACCUUCUGUAACUCUCAACGCCAAGCUUCUGCUGUAACUCAACCGUCUUUUUCCACUUUUAUGAAUUCUAAAAAAACAGCUGAAGGUCAGAUCAACCGAUCAGAGGCCCAGGCAACCUAAUCUGCAGCAGUCAUCUCUUUCUAAUAACAGAAAAUCUUCCACUAAGGGAACAAAACCACAGCCUAUUCAGAAAUGACAAUCACAGUGAAAGUGGCCUGAGUCUUUGUCAUGAAUUGGCCCUUUUGUUUUUCUGGUGAGAAAUGUGACGAAAAGGCGACAAAUGGCUGCCAUCAUCAAGUUGGAAACACAGAGACCCCAGUUAAAUUAUUUGAUUAAUUAUGUAUUGUUUUAAAUGAAGGCACGCAUAGUGAAAGGGGAAAAUGUGGAAGGACAGAAGCAAAAUCUUUGAUAACACGGCUAUACAUGGUCCCCCUCGCCUGCAGACUAACAAGGACAAACACUGCACCCAAGAGAUGCCAGAGACUUAGUAGCCCCCUCUCUUCAACUCAAAUUUUAAUGUUGAAAGUGCCAACUAUUUCACUACAUGGACAUCCACAGACUGGGACCAAAAAUAAGGGUCCAAGGUUCACUUUUCUUGGGUUUCCAUGUCUGACAGAGAAAGCAUUUUACAAAAAAGAAUUGCAUUCCAGGCAUCCCGUGCAUUUUUAUUUUGCUCAGAAAAAGUAACUAACUUCUUCCUGAAAUGUGACUUAGCAUGUUGCAUUUUCAUUGUAAUCACUGGACCAAACGUUUGAGGCCUUCUUCGUCAACCAAGGAACAUUUCUGGUUUGAAACCCCGGCUUCUCUUUACAUAAGGACAGACUAUUUCCCCCUGCAAGCUGAACUCAAAGUCCACCCCACCCUUCCCCCUCCUCUGUAACAAAACUCUGUGGGUUACAUUAAAUCGCUGCCCCAUUACUCUGGAGGACAGAAACAACGUUCUGUGUGUUUUGCAUGAGGUGUUUCCAAACUGUUGCGUAUUUAAUCUCAUGCUGCGUGUGACUAACUAGCUACUUAAACUGGGACCUGUUUGGUUUGUUGAAUGCUCCUCAGCUCUCUUGGAAGAGUCCUAAAUGUGAACUUUGUGAUUAUUUUCUAUAAAUAACAGUCUGAAAUGUCUGCGGAGUAAAGGAGGUAAAAUAUGCUACUACAAUGUAAAACAAUGAAAUGUAACUUUGAACUUCUAGACGUUUUUUAAUCACGUGGCCGUGUUUACUGUUUUUUCUAGUUGACUACUAAUGUAUGAUGUUGUGUACAAGUGGGACUACUAUGUUUUAUUUCUUCUAAUUGUACAGUGUAUUUGAGAAAAUGAGAGCGAGAGAGAAUGGGAGGACAGAGAUUUUGUUGCACUAUAGUCUGUUAUCCUUUCAUUUGGCAAUUUGCUCUCACUUCAGCGAAUACGUACUUUUAAAUUAUAAAUAAAAAUGACAAACAGACACCACACGUUGCUUUUUAAUAAACUCAAUGGUCACAGAGCAAAUUUAAAUCAGGAACUAAUGCAUUCAAAAGAAACCAAAUCAAGUAUCAAGGGAUCUAAUUGAAUUACAUAGUGGGUUGUGUUUCAUGCAAAUGAGACAAUUUGAAUAAAGAGAUAAUUCAUUUGUUAAUUUAUUUGCUUCAGUGGAGUCCAUCUAAUCUGUAUCACCUGGCAGUGUUGAACAAAUAUCAACCUGAGUACCAGUCCAGCAGGUGCAACAGACUUCAGAAUUAUUUUAAAAAAUCAGGAAGAAUUUCAGCGAUAUCAUGUGACCGAAAUGUAUGCAAGUAUUUGUGUGUUUGCAAGUGUAUGUGUGUGUGCGUGUUAGACUUUGUACUACAGCCUGUGUCAUGGUGAACUGAACAACACUUAACCCAGAACCUGAAAAUCCACAAUUCAACAUAAAUUAAACCGAAGGAAAUUUAAGAGCUCAUCAAAUAAGUUUGAUGAGCAGCAAUAAAACCAGUAAUAAUAUAUAUUUAAAGUAAUAAUAACAACAGAGUGUUCACAGUUUACGACAUCUUUAUCCUCACAGUUGCUUGAACAUAUCCAGACUUUGGAACAGCAAAUAAUGCUUUUGUCUGGAGGUAUAAGAAUGCACAUCUGUACAUAGACACAGUUAAACAUUUGCAGAUAAGCUAGAGUCAAGCCAUUCUUUUGUCUGAUGGUUUUAUCUUCAGUCAAAACAUUGCCAAGUUCUAAAUCUGUAUUAAUAUCAGAAAUCACAGCUGAAAUAUAACAAAUCCACUCUACAACUGUGGCAAGAGAGUACAGUUAUAGUUGUUAUUUUAAUGUGUUACUUUACAAAUGUAUGUUUGCAUUCAUGCAGAAUCCCAUCACGUACUUAAGAAGAUGAUUGAGGAAAUACAUAACUUUCAGGGUCUUUCAGGAUUGUAAUUGGUGCUUGUAAUAGUCCUCUACAGAGGAAACCCAUUUUAAACAGUUAUCACAUCAAAGAAAAGUAGAGGACAGCACCCUGGGGCGCUCCACAGAUCAGUUUCUUUAUAGACACAGAUUGUUUACAGAUCACCAAAAGCUCUCAAAACUUUAUUUCCCUUCAAUCAUUGUUUAAUCAAAUGUAGAAUUAAAUCAAAUCUACACAAUUUUACUGAAGCUCAGUUAAAGGUGCAUCUAGAAAGUGCAAUAAUGCAUAAUCAUGUUACUUUUCGAAAUGCCACACAAAACUGUAACUUCCAAACUCUCUCUGUGGCUCUGGGUUGAUUGGUUGAUGUUCACCAGUGGCUGAAACCAUCUAUGUUGGUUUAAGUCCUUCUCUUUUUAUGAUGGUAAUCCCACAGUUGACUAACUGUAUAUAAACUAAACAGCUGGGAAUAAAGUAGACCUUGGAGAAGGAA